AUGGCAAAAGAUUGUCUGUCUUUGUUUCUUACUGUCAUUUUCUUCUCGACAAUUCUUGCUUUACAGGCUCUGGCUUCCACGGAUCCUCUUGACGUCAUAGUUCUUCAAGAUAUGUACAUGGCCCUGAAUCAUCCACCACAGCUUAAUAGCUGGAGAUCGGAAGGUGGCGAUCCAUGUGGAGAAUCAUGGACUGGAGUGUCUUGCUCUGGAUCAUCUGUUAUAUACCUAAAACUUAAUGGGUUGGAACUCAGUGGACAUCUUGGAAACAAACUCAAUGAUCUUCAUCAUUUGAAGCAUUUGGAUGUUAGCUCCAAUAAUGUCGAGGGCGAAAUUCCAAAUGAAUUACCUCCUAAUGCUACUCAUAUAAACAUGGCAAGUAACAAAUUGAACCAAAGUAUACCAGAGUCUUUACCUACCUUGAAACAUCUGAGACAUCUAAAUCUAAGCCACAAUUUAUUAUCUGGACCCAUUGGCAACGUGUUUACAGACCUGCAGAAUCUGAAAGAAUUGGAUCUAUCGUACAAUAAUUUUGGUGGAGAUCUCCCAAGUUCUUUUGGAUCUCUGAAAAAUCUUAGCGGACUGUUCUUGCAGAAUAAUAAAUUCACUGGAUCAGUUGUUUACCUGGCUGACCUUCCCCUAACUGACCUGAACAUCGAAGAUAAUGAUUUCAGUGGUGUUAUUCCAAAGCAGUUUCAGUCAAUUCCAAAUUUAUGGUUUUGGGGUAAUAAGUUCCAUGUCGACCCCAAAUCUCCACCAUGGGAUUUCCCUUUGGAUAAUUUGCCCAUUAGGCAUAAUAUUAGCGGCCCCCCAACAUCUCAGUCAAGCGCCGUUGAGAACUUCCCUUCCAUCCGAGCAGGCAGACACAACAAUAAAGGGAUGAGCUUUGGAGGGAUAGCUUGCACAGUUGGUGGUGUAGCUCUUGUAGUGACCUGUGCAGCACUCUUCAUUUCUAUCCGUAUCAAUCGAGCUCGUGCACAAAGACAAUAUUCUUCUACUGCACCUGAAGAUAGCCCCCAUAUCCUGGCUACCACCUCCCCAUUCAAUCUAGGACCUAGGCAUAUACCUUCUGUUCGCACUUUUAGAACGGAGACAGCAUGUAGAAGAAGUUUCUCUACUGCAUUUAAAUUGCCACCAUUUGCAAAACUUUACACUGUCGCAGAACUUCAAUCAGUUACAAAUAACUUCAGUGAAGAGAAACUUCUUGGACAGGGUUCUCUCGGUUCCGUAUACAAAGCCGAGUUUCCUGAUGGUCAAACUUUGGCUGUGAAGAACAUCAACAUGGUUUCACUGUCUUUCCAAGAAGAAGAACAAUUCAUUGAUGUAAUUCGGACGGUAUCCCAGUUGAGGCACCCAAACAUUGUAACACUUCUUGGCUAUUGUGUAGAAAAUGGACAGCAUCUUCUUGUGUAUGAGUUUGUCAGAAAUUUAUCUCUGGCUGAGGCUUUGCACAGUAAAGUAUUCAAUCCUCUUUCAUGGGCCAUCCGUCUCCGUAUUGCCCUUGGUAUCGCCCGGGCUCUGAACUAUCUGCACUGUUCAUUCUCGCCUCCUGUUGCUCAUUGCAACAUUAAGGCUGCAAAUAUAUUACUGGAUGAAGAACUAAUGCCGCGUAUCAGCGACUGUGGGAUAGCUAUUUUAAGACCACUUGCAAGAGACAGUGCAUCCGAACUUGCAAUCAGUCAAACUGGCUACAUUGUGCCUGAACACGAUGAACCAGGAAGUGAUAACACAAAGUAUGACAUAUACGCCUUCGGAGUGUUACUGCUGGAGCUAUUAACGGGAAGGAAACCAUUUUACCGUUCAAGCUCCAGGAAGGAGUUCCCCUUGGUAACAUGGGCUUCAUCUCGGCUCCAUGACCGUGAGUAUUUGGAGCAGAUGGUUGAUCCUGGGAUUAGAGGAACCUUUCCCUCCAAGGCUCUCUCCCAGUUCGCUGAUAUCAUCUCCCUGUGUAUCCAGCCUGAGAAGGAAUUCCGACUUCCAAUGUCCGAAAUCGUGGAGUCUCUAAGUCGUUUGUGUCAAAAGUUCAGCUUGUACAAAGGCAAAUCCGUAGCAGAUGGUACUGAAGUUGAUCCUUUUGAGAGGUCUUUCGUCUCGACACAUAACUAUUUCGUAAGCUCCCCUGCAGUGAGCUAUCUGUCCAUCUAAUGUUGCAGCAGCUGGUCAAUACACAGGUACAAUAACUCAAAUGCAGACUCUGAAUUUUACCAAAUUGUGUAUAACUUGUAAUCGCCUAAUACUGU